AUGUCUUUCAAAGAACACUUGGAGAUGAUAAGUCUCAACGAGACACCACGAAAAAGGCAAAAUUCUGGCAAUCUUUCGUCAGGAUCGGACGACCUGCGCGCCACCGAUUCGGUGCACUCGCGCAGGGGCAUCUUCCGCCCUUUGAGCGACAUUCCCGAGCUGAGCACCGGCUGGCCAUUCGGCAAGAGCAUCUACGACGAACCCAGCGCGGCCGCUGAACGCAUUCACGUGCCUGGUUACAGAUACGACCCUCUGCACAGGGACACCUACGGGUACUCGCCCAGGCCCAUCUUUCCACAUAACUACGGAUCACUAGACAGAUACCGACCUGAUCUAAAAGUAUUUCAAAUCUAA